GUAUUUGCUUCUGGAGAUCAUUUGGCUUGACCCACGCGGUUGUAACCUUGCAACGAUGUACCUUGAUACUGGAUCUAUUUAUCUUGCAUUCGACCACCUUGAAGAAGCGGCAAAAGCUUAUCGCAACUGUUUACGUCUGGAUUAUUUCAACUGGAAAGCUCGAUACAACUUAGGCCUUGCUACAGCUCGCUUGCAAGAUUUCGUGGAGGCUACUCGACAGCUGAAACUCGCUUUGAAAGCAUGUCCAAUAGAUAUUGCAGAGGAAAUUACCAAGAUACUCAAGGAAAUUGACCAAAUCCAGUACUCCAAGAAUUUGCGAGCUUACAAGGACGCAACAAAGGCACGUGUGUUCACGACGCAAAUUCUGGAAUCUCAGAAUGUGAUUUCAGGAAAACUUGGUGUGCCAAAUUUGCCAGAAGACCAUACUAUUAGCCACCGCAAUGGUUUAGCACUAUCGUCGUCUACUCCGCAUCUUCUGGAUGUCUCUCAUGAAUGGCAAGGUGGCUUAGCAUCUGUGCUGCAUCGACUUCAUGCAUUUGCUCGACUUCGUCACAUUGACAUUCAACCCAAAAUGCUACGACUAAACCCCACACGAACGGAUGGGAUUUCCGUUCAGGCGUUGGAUGAAUUGGUGGCACGAGUCACCGGAAUACCGCUGAGCAUGACUGAGCGCAGCGAUCUGACCCUCAUGCUAGGCAACUACGGGUUUACAAACUUCCAGUACCUAAACGCAAAUGCAGAGAGUAUUCAUGCCUUCAAUGAGAUACAAGACCACGGUGCGAGUCACGCAUUGCUAUACUGGAAUUUAUACCGGAAGCGCGCAAAGCGAAGCGCAGACAGCAAGACUGGCGGACUUUGGUACUGGUUCGAGUUGACAAUGGCAAAAUGGAUUGGACAAGUGCUUCAUCAGCGAUCGACAGCGGGCUCUCUCGACCACAUAACUUCAUCGCUGAUAGAAGCCUUAUUUGUUCAUGGAUGGGUUACCCCAAUGGAUUUCGCUUGGAAAUGGAAAAGCUUGCCAGAUCCAGACGACUUUCCCAUGUUACAGCUUGCGAACCGCGGGAUAUUCAUUUUUGAGUGUCAUCGUGCUCGAAGCUGCAUCCAGGAGGAGGCAAGCAGGACCCUGCUAAUGUUUUUACGAAAGUGUAUCAUCAAAUGUAAGAGACGCAAGCACUCUCGACUGCUAGACGUUGGCAAUUAUCAAGAGAGAAGCGUAAAUGAAGCAGUCUUUUUGGAAGACAUACACACACAACUGAGGAAUGAUAUUCUACUCGAUCAGCAAGUUGCACAUGAAGUACUUUUGUGUAUUGAAGAUAUGGUCGACGAUGUGAUCAUUUAUCAUCGCCAGCAACAGCAGCAGAAGGCAUACGAGGAGGAGGUCCGAUGGCAAGAGGUUCCAGUGAGAACAGAACAGCGACAAAAGAUAAUCUCUGAAGUAAUAUAG